GAAGGUUUUGGUCUCUGAUAAUCAAGGGUUAGGGUUUUGCGCUUCGGGUUUGACGCCAUGGUUGCAGCUCUUGGGUCACUACCGCCCUUGCUGGCGUCGGCCCGGCUGCCGGAGGGUCGUCGGCGCUUCAAUCAUCUUGGAGAAUGCGGUCGCAGCGGUGGUGGUGGAUGCUGGAAAGCUAUGGUGCAGCCUCAGACGUUGCAAGGGGCCUCCGCGACUUACGCCAAGGAAAUGGAGCGGGUCUCUGCCAAGGAAUCCCUUCUCCUUUCUUUUAAAGAUGCUGGUGGAUUCAAAUCUUUGGUUGGUGGAAAGACGACAGAAACGCAGCAGAUUGAUGUUAAUGAGAGAAUCAUUGACCUUGAACGGCUAAAUCCUACUUCCCGUCCAACAACAUCACCAUUUCUUGAAGGUAGAUGGAAUUUUGAGUGGGUUGGUGCUAAUAGUCCAGGAUCGAUUGCCUCAAGGAUUUUAUUUGAGAGAACUCCUGCAAUUCUGGCAAACUUAUUGGGGUUAGACUUGCUGAUCCAGGAUGGGUAUGCAAAAGCCACUGCAAAUUUAAAAAUUUUAAACUCGAUAGACAGCAAGUUCAUCUUGUCAGCCAAAUUGUCUAUCGAAGGGCCUCUUCGACUAAAAGCAGAAUAUCUGGAAGGCCAUUUUGAAAUGCCCAUAGUAAGUGAAGUGGCUUUGCCAGGACAACUAAAAGCUGCAUUAGGACAAGCCUCUGGUGCACUUCAGCAACUGCCAGCUCCUGUAAAGGAUGUCUUCAACAAUGGAUUGACAGUUCCAUUGAGUGGAACUUUUCAGAGACUAUUUAUGAUCUCCUAUUUAGAUGAAGAAAUACUGAUCAUGAGGGAUUCUCUUGGAGCUCCAGAUGUUCUUACAAGACUGGAAGAUCCUGCAUCAUCAGUCUCCGCCGAUUCUACAUUCUCCGAAUUCGAACCCUAAAAUAUCUCGAUUUCGUUUGAUCAUACAUAUGUGAUGCAAGAACAAGCUCUGUAUAUGCACUACAUCAAUAAGAAAUUUUUUUUUUAUGAUA